UCUCGCCCUUAUAUGUCCUGUAUUUCCUCGCAAAGAUGAAGAAUAACCAGUUCAAUGGUGUCAUUGCCAGCAUCCUUGUCGCAGUAAUUCUCUUUCAAUGCAGCCAAUCCCAUGCCCAGUAUCCUGAAGAGACAGAACAGUAUCCUGAGCAGACGGAACAGUAUCCUGAACAGACAGGCGAUGCUAGCGGUUACGGAGAUGCUGCACACGCACCUCUAGACACAAAACACCAAUUCUUAGCAUACCAAAAUGCACCUCGUGCCGCGGUAGGGUGUGCACCACUUAAAUGGAGUGAAGAAUUGGCAAACUUUGCAGCAUCCUACGCAGAACAAAGGCGAUCAGAUUGUGCUUUGAUACAUUCAGAUGGUCCAUUGGGUGAAAAUCUAUUCUGGGGUGGUGGUUAUGGAUGGACACCGGCUCAAGCUGUCAAAGCUUGGGUUGAUGAAGGCCAAUAUUAUGAUCACUCCACUAAUUCCUGCGCACCUGGUCAGGAAUGUGGUCACUAUACUCAAAUUGUUUCGGCCAGAACCACGAGUGUUGGGUGUGCUAUGUUGCAGUGCGACGGUGACUUGGGAGAAUUUAUCAUCUGCAACUACGCUCCAGCCGGAAAUUACGUCGGCGAAAAGCCAUACUAAGCUUCUCGUUUUUUUGUAUAUUUCAAGAUUUGUUAUGCUUGAUCACAGGUUCGUGUAUCGUGUU